GGUUGUUUACGUUCGUGCGCUUCGUAAUAUAUAUCCAGGCAGAGUCAGUCCAGCCCUGCCUGGGCCAUUAUUAGAUGAAGUAGUGUCAAAGUAUAUAGUUCGGAUAUACAAAUUUUCAAUGCUCAAGUAAACAAAGUCGUGGCUCACGAACAAUGCCCGCCUUCUCCUCUGGCGGCUUUGGCGAGAAUAUCGAGGAAUACCAGGUGCUGAACUUGCUGGGUAAAGGUGGCUUCGCCAGCGUCUACAAGGCGAAAUGUCUGCGUACCGGUUUAGAGGUGGCGAUCAAAAUGAUCGACAAAAAGCUGAUGCAAGCAGCAGGGAUGGUGGGUAGAGUAAGGCAAGAGGUGGCAAUUCAUUCGCGUCUCAAGCAUCCUGCAGUACUAGAACUUUAUACAUUUUUCGAGGAUCAAAAUUACGUUUACCUAGUUUUGGAAUUGUGCCACAAUGGUGAGCUUCAGCGUUACCUCAAAGAGCAAGGUUCCAGAACCCUUCCAGAAUCGGAAGCUGGACGCAUCAUUCAACAAGUGGUACAAGGUUUGUUGUACCUUCACUCGCAUCAAAUUCUUCAUAGAGACAUGUCACUGUCGAAUUUAUUAUUAACGCGUGACAUGCAAGUUAAAAUAGCAGACUUUGGACUUGCUACCCAAUUAUCUCGACCAGACGAAAAGCAUUUGACGAUGUGUGGCACGCCUAACUUCAUUUCACCAGAAGUAGCUACAAGAUCUUCGCAUGGCUUGGAAGCUGAUGUAUGGGGAUUAGGUUGCAUGUUGUACACACUACUGGUUGGCAGGCCACCCUUUGACACGGACGCCGUUAAAAGCACCCUGACUCGCGUAGUAAUGGCGGACUACGUGAUGCCUUCGCAUCUGUCUGAAAACGCCAAGGAUCUCAUUGAUAGACUGCUUAAGAAGAAUCCAAAGGAUCGUAUACGGUUACGCGACAUAAUCAAGCAUCCGUUCAUCACGUCUUUGGAAAAACAUCGGCUAAACGAAAAAAUUGGCUUUGCACGAUUGUCAGGCGACAAUAUUGAUUCGGGUCUAGGUCGAACCCUAUCCUCGUGCGGUCGACCGCGGAUGCGAUCGCGGUCGGAAGAGCGGCCAAGCAACAGUAUUCAUAUGAUGAGCAAUAAUACUCGCGCCACCGUACUUAGUGAGCCUCUGAUGGAGCUAAAUUCCUCCACUCACGGCUCUCACCAAUUCAGAUACUCGGACCACCAGCAGUACCAAGAGGACUCGGUCCUCUCGGGCAUCCCAGCACCUCCGCCACCUCGAAGCAGCCAAGUUCAGCUGUCGCACUACAGCGAUCCGUCGACCAGUGGCAGCAGGCAUCAGCGCAGAGAUGUGGAAACGGAGGCAUCAGUAGCGGCAGCCGAGGCCGCGGCGGUCGUUAGAGCUCGCAGCGGUCAUCGACAAAUCGAGGAAAACGAGCGCGACAAAUCCGAAGGGGUUCAACCAGUUGAAAAAUUAGAAGUGCCACCGUUAUCGACACUAAGGCUUCAACCUACCCGUCAUCCGACUAAAAACGCUGUUUUUACCAUAUCCAGCAACGGAGAGGUGUGCGUUGAAUUUUUCAAAAGGAGAAACAACAUUGAUAGAAUAAUCGAGGUAUGCAGGAUAUCGGGAGACGGUCUGCGCAUCAUUCUCUACAAGCCCAAAGAAGCCCUCGCCCCGGGCAAACAACCGCCUCCUCUGCCCGAGCGCGGUGCCGACAGCAUCUACUCGUACGAGAGCUUGCCGUCCAAGCACCACCGCAAGUACGAGUAUGCCGCGCGCUUCAUAAGUCUCGUGCGCGCCAAGACGCCCAAGAUCACACUCUACACUAAUCGCGCCAAGUGCUUCUUCAUGGAGAACGGACCGCACCCCGACUGCGAGAUACUGUUCUACGACGCUGUCAAAGUGAUGCGCGUGAAGGACGUGGUGAAGAUAGUAAGUAAGUCAGGCGAGACCUACGUGGAGGGCGAGAUACCAGCUGGGCUCGAGGAGUACUACGACCACUAUGCCGACUGUUACAAGCGCUGUUUGCUGCUCGAGUCCUCGCUCGCGUCCCUCGAGACUGCGACGGGUAAUCCGUUUUUCCCGGCGAUCAUCGGACGCAGGCCAACGGCACCCCUCGCCGAUCAAAUACCGAUCACGCCUCCGCUCCAGGGCAAGGAAAACGUGUCGCGCGGCCCAAGUGUGCCUGCUGUGCAACUGCCUUCCUCGUUCGACGCGACUUGUUCUAUGGUUUCGACCGUAAAUUCACAGUCUAGGAAAUCGAACUCCGUCAGAGUAUCGCAAACGAAGGUGACGAAAAUCAAUGUGCCGGGUAUCGGCACGGCAAUCCAAACGCCGUCUGGUGACAUACGGGUUGAUUAUAAGGACGGCUCGGUUCUCACGGUGACUCCAAAAAAUAAGGGUGGAGGAAUACUCUAUGAGAGCCCGACCGGCAAUGUGUUGCGGUUCAAUAACGAUCAGCAUCACAACUCAGAGAUGCCAAUGGUCGUCAGGGACAAACUCUGCUAUUUGCCGAAAAUAGUGGAGCUUCUAGUGUCGCCGACGCCCAGGAGUAUACGAUAGCAUUGGGAGAACAAAAUUUUUAAACGUACACUUUAAGAGUAUUUUGUAAGAUGUGCAUACGCGAUAGCGUUACGGGAAACAGUAGAGCGACGAGGCAAUCUUUUUUGUAUUUUUCUACCACUGAAUUAAUUUUUAUGUACCAUGACUUUAAUAGUAUUUUAGCAAUGAUAAUUAUUAUGUAAACGUAUAAUAUAUAUAUUUUUUUAUUUUUGAUAAGUAGCAUAAAACAAAUAAUAAAACCAUGAGCUUUUUUACAAAAGUGUCGAAAAGUUUCGUGAAUGUGUUUCAUAGCGUGUAAGAACAACUUCUCAAAGAAUUCGAUUAUCAUAGGUUUGUAUAUAAGUGAAAGGUAAAGUUUUGAUUUAAUAAAAAUUGUGUCAAAUAAAUAUUAUUUUUUACAGUUUUUAAAAUCAAUGAAUAGUAUUUUAUAAU